CACCUCAAUUUUGCUUUUCCUUCACUGUUUCCUUUUCUUUUUCCUCUCUCUCUCUCUCUCUCUCUGGUUUCCUCCAUUGCAAACUAAGCUUCCUUUCCAGCUUUCUUUGAGGUCCCUCUCUUCCCCUCAAACACCCAAGACCCACCAACCAUUUUACCCACCCCUUCUCCUUUUCUUUUCCCCCUUUUUUUUUCUUUUCAUUAUAUAUUUAGCCUUUUCCCCUCUUUAUAUAUGUAAUAUAUAUGCAUUUUUGGUUGAAGCUGAAUUCUUUCUUUUUGCCCACUUGGAAGGCAAACAACAACUACAACAACAAAAGAAAGGGUCUCUACUUGUGAACUACUCUUUCCCUUUGCCACUGCAGCUUUACCCUUUUUCAGGCAUUUGGGGGGGUUUUGUUUUGUUUUGUUUUGCAUUGCCUUGACUUAUCUUUUUUGCUCAUUCGGAUGCUAAAGUUUAAGGGUUUUGUUUUUUCUUUGCUUCUUUGAAUGCUCAAGGAAGAAGAUCGAGGUAGGAAUAUCUUAAGAUUCUGAUAUUGUAUACAAGAGGCUGAAUAUAAUUUUUGACUCUUCAAAUCCAGAAGAUCAGAGAUGUCAUCUCAGGGUGCCUUAAAUGCUGAGUUAUCAAAGAAGACAUCAUUUUUGGGUCUAAAACUUUGGGUUUUGAUUGGUAUAUCUGUUGGGGCAUUUAUAGUGUUGAUUCUUGGUAUUUUGUCUGUUUGGGUUACAUUUCGGAGAAGAUCCAGACGAUCGGUAGACAAGUUCUCGCUUUCUCAGAUACCAAAUGUCUCAAAGGAAAUCAAGGUUGACAAGGUUGGAGUUCAGAGAUUCAAUGAUCAACCAGAAAGCUUAUUCCUUUCUGUUAAUGAUAAAUCGAAUGAUAAGAAUUCUGAGAGAAUGUUAGCUCAUCUGGGGAUGAGCAAAUCGAGUGAUCCUGAUAAUGCAAGUCAAUGCAGCUCAAUUUACCAUCACGAGAGAGGUUUUAGUUCUCAUUCAGGAGAAGAAGGGAGCUCUGGAACGGUUCGAAAACAGUCUUCAUUGUCAUAUGGAGGACUAGUGACGGCCUCUCCCUUAGUUGGUCUGCCAGAAAUUUCACAUCUUGGGUGGGGUCACUGGUUUACUCUUAGGGAUCUCGAUCUCGCCACAAGUCACUUCGCAGCAGAGAAUGUGCUUGGAGAGGGUGGAUAUGGGGUGGUUUACAAGGGUAGACUGAUCAAUGGAACUGAAGUAGCAGUUAAGAAAAUUCUUAAUAAUCUGGGACAGGCUGAAAAAGAAUUUAGGGUGGAAGUGGAGGCCAUUGGUCAUGUUCGUCAUAAGAAUCUUGUGCGGCUUUUGGGUUAUUGCAUAGAAGGAGUUCACAGGAUGCUGGUAUACGAAUAUGUGAAUAAUGGUAACUUGGAACAAUGGCUACACGGGGCAAUGCGCCAGCAUGGUACCCUUACUUGGGAGGCUCGCAUGAAGGUUAUUAUUGGUACUGCCAAGGCGCUUGCUUAUUUGCAUGAAGCAAUAGAACCCAAAGUUGUUCACCGGGACAUAAAAUCAAGUAACAUCUUGAUUGAUGAUGAUUUCAAUGCCAAGGUUUCUGAUUUUGGACUGGCCAAGCUCUUGGGUUCAGGAGAGAGUCAUAUCACAACUAGAGUUAUGGGGACAUUUGGUUAUGUGGCACCAGAAUAUGCUAACACUGGCUUGUUAAAUGAGAAGAGUGAUAUUUACAGCUUCGGUGUUCUUCUGCUUGAAGCUGUCACUGGAAGAGACCCUGUUGACUAUGGCAGACCAGCAAAUGAGGUUAACCUUGUUGAGUGGCUUAAGAUGAUGGUUGGAACGAGAAGAGCAGAGGAAGUUGUGGAUCCAAAUCUUGAAACUAGACCUGCCACACGUGCUCUUAAACGUGCCCUUUUGGUGGCACUUAGGUGUGUUGAUCCUGAUGCAAAUAAGCGACCCAAAAUGACUCAGGUUGUGCGAAUGCUUGAAGCUGAUGAAUAUCCAUUUCGUGAGGACCGGAGGAACAGAAAGAGCCGAACAGCCAGCAUGGAAAUCGAAUCAUUGAAGGAACCAACGGACGCGGAGAGCAAGGCCGGGGAAUCACAGAGCAGCGUAACCAAGACGACGCAUGAGUAAUAGGACUACUGACAAAAAGGCAAUGACAUGGUGAAUAAUUGGUGUAGUAUUUAAAGCUUUUCGGCUACCCAUUGAUACAUGUACAUCUCAAAGUUUGUUUGUAUGUUGGAGAAAUUUGGUGCAUUGGAAGAGAUGAAUCUCUCUCAGCAUGAAGAAAAAAAAGCACGUUAGGGGUUUUGAAUUACAGGCAUGAGCAUCAUCAGCUGUUUUCUUGGGCAAAUCAGAGGGAUGAAAGGCAGCUUUCAAGCAGAUGAAAGGCUAACAUCCAAAAAAGAAAAAAAAGAGAGAUAAAAUGGUUCUUGUUGUACAGGUGUGUCUCUGGGAUUGGUGGGCUGUCUUUUAUUAUGCUACUAUAUGAUAUGAUUAUUAUUUAUUUUAUUUAUAUUUUUCUUUGUUUUCCCCCUCUUGGGGAUUCAAUUAAUGUUCUUUGGAUGAUAAUGAUCAUUUUGAUUUGCACUUUGUAAUGAUUGCAUGUGUGGGUAUUCAAUCUUUCUUUUUCAGUUUUGAUUCA